CCGGUUUCCCCCACCCAGGAUUCAGAUUGCACUGAAGCUAGAUCCUUAGUGCUCCUGGUACAAGGUUGUAGGGAUUGCAUCUGAAAAAGCACCCCACUCUCUCUAUCCUAUCCAGCAAAGAUGUUUUCAAACAAUAAUUUGCUGAGGUGAUGUUGAUGCUUCACAAAUUGCAAGUUGAAAACCUGCUCUUAGGGUGCCAUAGGCGAUUUUCCACACUGAGGCAUGCUCAGGGUGUAAUUGCAGGCGUGCUUUGGGAAUUGUGAAAGCCAGACUAUUGCUUGGCAGUCUGUGCAGCAGCUGCCUGCCAUGGGGCUUUGCAUUUGAAAGGCAGAUGGAGAUGCUGAUAGGACUGCCAUUGAGAAGAAAGGGGAUUGUUCUGCGUCAGGUCUACUCAUCAGGUACAAUAAUCAAGCUUAAGACAUCUUAGUCACUGAAUAUAUUGCACGAUCGCUGGUCCUCCUCAUCUUCAUCUUCCCUUUUUUCUUUUAGCAACAAAGGGCUGUGCUGAUGGGUAGGGUUAGUGUUUGGUAAACUGAAGAUGAAGAUCUGUCAACCACACCAAGCCAUGAAUACAAUAUAAUGAUAUCCUCUUUCCCGCCCAUGCACAAUCAAGUCCAACACCUCCCUGGAACAGAUAAAAGGGAGGCUGUUGCCAGCUCUGGAUCCAGAGGGAUUUGGCUUCCCUUGGGCUCGGCACUCUCCAGCUAUUCCCUUUCUUUAUUUUAAGCUUUGGCCCAGCAGCUACUAGGCUUCUUCAUUCUCUCUGUUACUCACUUGACUUGAACACAGCGAUGUCUUUCCAGACCAUCUGCCAAGGUUCCAAGGGGAGCCGGAAGGGCUACAGCUCAUGUUCUGCUUUUGGUGGUGGCACUGGAGGUGGAAUCAGGCAUAGCUAUUCUUCAUGCAGAGGAUAUGGUGGUGGUAUGAGAGGCCAAUAUGGCAGCAGGAGCCUCCAUAACUAUGGUGGAGUUACAAGGAUUUCCUGUGGACCUGGCUAUGGAGGAGGCAUCUGCGGGGGAUAUGGUGGUGGGUAUGGUGGUGGGUAUGGUGGAAUAGGGGGUGGCUAUGGAGGAAUAGGGGGUGGCUAUGGAGGAAUAGGGGGUGGCUAUGGAGGAAUAGGGGGUGGUUUUGGCGGUAGAGGACUUGGUGGCCUUGGACCUGGAGGUAUUGGCAGUGUCCAAGUGGACCCAAGUCUUCUGCGACCGGUCCAUGUGGAAAUUGACCCCCAAAUACAGCAAGUGAAAAAUCAAGAGAAAGAGCAGAUCAAAGUCCUCAACAAUCAGUUUGCUUCCUUCAUUGACAAGGUCCGGUUUCUGGAGCAGCAAAACAAGGUGCUACAAACCAAAUGGCAGAUCCUCCAACAGCAGACACAAGGCAUGGGCCCAACUAUGAAUCUGGAUGGUGAGUUCCAACAAUUUCUGGGUGGCCUGAGGAAUCAAAUUGAAAAUAUCCGCAGCCAGAAGGCACAGAUGAUAACAGAGCUUCAGAGUAUGCAGCAGUACGUGGAAGACUACAAGAACAGGUAUGAAGAGGAGAUUAACAGGCGCACAACUGCUGAGAAUGAUUUUGUUGUGCUGAAAAAGGAUGUGGAUUCUGCAUAUUUGACUAAGACUAACUUGGAAGUAAAAGUUAAUACUUUGGCUGAGGAGACUAACUUCCUGAGAAGAAUCUAUAACAUGGAAAUAUCUCAGUACCAGACUGGAGGCCAAGACACGGCAGUAGUAGUGAGCAUGGAUAACAACACCCACUUGAAUUUGGAAGGUAUUAUUGAUGAAGUAAGAAACCAGUAUGAAGAGAUUGCUCGCAGUAGCCGAGCUGAGGCUGAGGCUUGGUAUCACUCCCAAUAUGAAGCUCUGCAAAACACAGCAGGACGACAUGGGGACAAUCUGCGCAACAACAGACAGGAGAUUCAAGAGCUGACUAGGAACAUCCAGAGACUGCGUUCAGAAAUUGAGCAUGUCAAGAAGCAGUGUGCUAAGCUGCAGUCUGACAUUGCUGAAGCUGAGGAACGUGGGGAGCUGGCCCUCCGAGAUGCCAAGCAAAAACUGCAAGAAUUGGAAUGCGCCUUGGCAAAAGACAAGGAAGAACUGGCUCGCCUCCUGAAAGAGUAUCAAGAACUGAUGAACAUCAAGCUUGCUCUGGACAUCGAAAUUGCCAUGUAUAGGAAACUGCUGGAAGGAGAAGAGAGCAGGCUGUGUGGCCCAGGAUCCCAAGUCCAUGUUGCUGUGCGGAGUACUAGUUAUGGUGGCGGCAUUGGCGGUGGCAUCGGCGUUGGUGGCGGCAUCGGCGGUGGCAUUUGUGGCGGCAUCGGCGGUGGCAUCGGCGGAGGAAGCUGCGGCUACGGAGGUGGAAGUGGAGGCUAUGGUGGCAUCAUAAGUGGUGGCGGGGCUGGCGGCUCUGUCUGUGGCGGAGGUGGCGGAUUCUCACACGGCUCAGGAAGUGGUUCCAGCAAAAUCAUCCGGAGGACCACCACAUCCAGCUCGUGCACCAAAUCAGGCGGAAGAUAUUAGGUAUCCCUCUCGGUCCCCCCAAAGGAAAGAAACAUCUUUUAGCUGCUUGUGUCAACACAAUUCCUUCAGCCCCAUUCUGGGAAUCCAGAAAAGAACAAACGGUGCCUUUUAAAGCCCAAGAUCCAGUCUAUUUCUCUUCCAAAGGAAACCUGCAGCAGGUCCCCGCCAAGGGAGUCUUCAUCCAUCUUGCUUCUGUUGCUUUAGAUGACGAGUCAAGAAAUGGUGACCAAAUUCCAUUUUAGGAUAUCCAAGAAAGAGUUGCUUGAAAGAAGGGGGAGAUGAAUAAACUACAAAUCUGGGCUCUGCUUCUUUCAGUAUGCUGUAUAUAUUUGGCUUAGUUGGUGGCUGCCAAAUUGCAAUGUGCGUGAAAGAGAUUUUUCCUUAGCUACCUGGAGUCUCUUCCAACUGACAGUUCUCUAUGGUUUCGCUGUAGUUCCCUGCUUCAUUGAAGAGAUCGUUUGUUUUCAUUGCAUAUGUCUAGGUCGAUGUUAGACGUGUCAACCUUGUAUUGCUAAGUUAAAUGUUAAUUUUCAUAACCACCGCUGUAUUUUCACUCAACAGCUGGGUUGGCAGAAAGACACGGUCAUGCAGAAUUCUGAGCAAGCAACAAUUCAUUAUUAGGAAAUCAGGACUGUGCUGUGAAAACAUUCAUUCUUGUGCCAGUUUUGGGGAUUACACUGCACCUAUCUUCAUUUCUUAGGCUUGCUUUCCCAUUUUCUUAGGAGGUGUUCAUUUUCAAUAAACUGCU